ACUCCUAAACUCCCUCCUAACUCACUUCUUCUCUCUUUUACAUACAAAAAGUCACAAACAGACACAUUAUUUUUUCUCACCCAAAUCAACCAAAAUGGCAUACCUCAGAAGCUCUCUUGUCCUAGCACUUCUCUCUAUGUUCAGGUCUUUAGUGUUAGCUUCUUCUAUAACAUACGAUGUGGUGAGUUUGGGAGCAAUAGCAGAUGGAAAAACUGACUCAACUCAGGCUUUUGUUAGUGCAUGGACAAAAGCUUGUGCCUCAGUAAGUUCUGCCAUGAUUUAUGUGCCAGCAGGGAGGUUCUACCUCGGGCAAGUGGUUUUCAGUGGACCAUGUAAGAACAAUGCUAUCACUGUGCGCAUAGCUGGGACACUUGUGGCUCCAUCAGACUAUACGGUACUUGGAAAUACAGGAACCUGGCUUUUGUUUGAGCAAGUUAAUGGGGUUACCAUAUCUGGAGGAAUUCUUGAUGGCCAAGGCACUGGUUUAUGGUCUUGCAAAGCCUCUGGCAAUGGCUGUCCUUCUGGAGCCACGACACUGGAAUUUUCCAACUCAAACAACAUUGUGGUCAGUGCAUUAACCUCCUUAAACAGCCAAUUGUAUCACAUUGUCGUAAAUGGCUGCCAAAACGUGAAAAUGCAAGGUGUUAAGGUCAUUGCGCCCGGAAAUAGCCCAAACACUGAUGGCAUUCAUGUUCAAUUAUCUUCAAGUGUCACAAUUCUCAACUCUAAGAUUGGGUCCGGUGAUGAUUGCAUCUCAAUUGGCCCUGGUACCACUAACUUGUGGAUUGAGAAUGUUGCAUGUGGACCUGGGCAUGGAAUUAGCAUUGGGAGUUUAGGCAAGGACCAACAAGAGGCUGGUGUACAAAAUGUAACAGUCAAAACAGUUACUUUUACCGGUACUCAGAAUGGGGUGAGAAUUAAGUCAUGGGGAAGGCCUAGCAAUGGGUUUGCUAGGAACAUUCUUUUUCAACAUGUCACUAUGCAAGAUGUCCAAAAUCCAGUUGUAAUUGACCAAAAUUAUUGCCCCAGCAAUGAAGGUUGCCCUGGUCAGGUUUCUGGUGUUCAAAUUAGUGAUGUGACAUACCAAGACAUCCAUGGAACAUCAGCUACAGAGGUUGCUUUGAAAUUUGAUUGUAGUUCGGAGUACCCAUGCUCGGGAAUAAUAUUGGAGAAUGUAAAGCUCACUUACAAUAAUAAUCAAGUGGCCCAAGUUUCAUGUGUCAAUGCUGCUGGGACAUCUACUGGUUUUGUCCAGCCCACGGGUUGCUUGUAGAGGGGAAAAAUGAUUCAGAAUCCAUAUCUACGAAGGAUUGAAAAGGAAUCCUCAUUCUUGUCCUUUCAUCCUUAGGCAGAAAAUUUAUACUUAUUUUUAGUUUCAUAGUAUGAUUGUUAGUGUGAUACGUCAUUGAUCGAGUGACAAGUUAAUUGCUUGAGCCGGUGGCAGUGCUAGUCCAUUGGGCUUUCUUGAAGCCUGCCUGACCUUGCAAUCAACAUAUAACUCGUAUAUGGAUGUUUGUGUGCGAAUUGUUGUAAAAUGUACGUAUUAUUUUCAUACUUUAAACAAUUUGACG